CUCGCUGUACAUCCGUCCUCCCCGCCUCGCGGAGUUGGGAGAAGGAAGGCUGGGGGGGUGGAAAAAUAAAAGGAAAAGUCCCUGCACCAUGUAGACCCGCGCGCCCCGCGCCCUGGCACCCCGGCCGGCCGGGGACCCCCCCUCGCCCCCCAGUCUGCGGCCAUGAACGCGAGCAGCGAGGGCGAGAGCUUCCCGGGCUCGGUGCAAAUUCCAGGUGGCACAACAGUGCUGGUGGAGCUGACUCCCGACAUCCACAUCUGUGGCAUCUGCAAGCAGCAGUUUAACAAUUUGGACGCCUUUGUAGCUCACAAGCAGAGUGGCUGCCAGCUGACCGGCACGUCUGGGGCGGCGCCCAGCACGGUCCAGUUUGUAUCGGAGGAAACGGUGCCUGCCACCCAGACUCAGACCACCACUCGAACCAUCACCUCCGAGACCCAGACGAUCACAGUUUCAGCUCCAGAAUUUGUGUUUGAACAUGGCUAUCAAACAUAUCUGCCCACGGAAAGCAAUGAAAACCAGACAGCCACUGUUAUCUCUGUCCCUGCCAAGUCACGUGCCAAAAAGCCCACCGCCCCACCUGCUCAGAAAAGGCUUAACUGCUGCUAUCCAGGUUGCCAGUUCAAGACUGCCUAUGGUAUGAAGGACAUGGAACGUCAUUUAAAAAUCCAUACUGGCGACAAGCCCCACAAGUGUGAAGUCUGCGGCAAGUGCUUCAGCCGGAAGGACAAGCUGAAGACCCACAUGCGCUGCCACACGGGCGUGAAGCCCUACAAGUGCAAGAGCUGCGACUAUGCGGCCGCCGACAGCAGCAGCCUCAACAAGCACCUGCGCAUCCACUCGGACGAGCGGCCCUUCAAGUGCCAGAUCUGCCCCUACGCCAGCCGCAACUCCAGCCAGCUCACCGUGCACCUGCGCUCCCACACCGGGGACGCCCCCUUCCAGUGCUGGCUCUGUAGCGCCAAGUUCAAAAUCAGCUCGGACUUGAAAAGGCACAUGCGCGUGCACUCGGGGGAGAAGCCUUUCAAGUGCGAAUUCUGCAGCGUCCGCUGCACCAUGAAGGGGAACCUGAAGUCGCACAUCCGCAUCAAGCACAGCGGGAACAGCUUCAAGUGUCCGCACUGCGACUUCCUGGGGGACAGCAAGGCCGCGCUCCGCAAGCACAGCCGGCUGCACCAGGCCGAGCACCCCGAGAAGUGCCCCGAGUGCAGCUACUCCUGCUCCAGCAAGGCCGCCCUGCGCGUCCACAGCCGCGUGCACUGCCCCGAGCGGCCCUUCAAGUGCGGCCACUGCAGCUUCGACACCAAGCAGCCCAGCAACCUGGCCAAGCACGUGAAGAAGUUCCACGGCGACGCGCUCAAGAGCGAGGCGGCGGAGAGGAGAGACGCGGGCCGGCCGGGCGGCCGCCAGGCGGCCAGGCUGGACGCCAAGAAGACCUUCCACUGCGACCGCUGCGACGCCUCGUUCAUGCGCGAGGACUCGCUCCGCAGCCACAGGCGGCAGCACAGUGAGUAUGGCGACGGCAAGGGCGCCGACGUGACGGUCCUGCAGCUGCAGGUGGACGCCGGCAAGCCGCCCGCCGCGCCCCUGGCCGUGGGGCACCUGCCCCUGCCGCCCACCCCGGCGCCCCAGUUCAGCGAGGGCAGGGUCAAAAUCAUCGUGGGCCACCAAGUGCCCCAGGCCAGCGCCAUCGUCCAGGCGGCUGCGGCCGCCGUGAACAUCGUGCAGCCCGCCUUGGUGGCGCCGAACCCCGAGGAGCUGCGGGGCAACAGCCGGCUGCAGGUCCUUCGCCAGGUCAACCUGAUCGCGCCCCCUGCGCCCCCGGGCUGCCCCGGCGAGGCCGCGGCGCUGCCCCAGCCGGCUGUCCUGCUGACCACCCACGACCAGACCCUCAUCCCCACCGCCCCGGGCGGCCCCCAGGAGGGCUCUGGCAACCAGACUUUCAUCACCAGCUCGGGCAUCACGUGCACUGACUUCGAAGGCCUGAACGCCCUGAUCCAGGAGGGGACCGCUGAAGUGACGGUGGUCAGCGACGGAGGCCAGAGCAUCGCAGUGGCCACCACGGCGCCGCCCAUAUUCUCCACGUCCCAGCAAGAGCUCCCCAAGCAGACUUACUCCAUCAUCCAAGGAGGGGCCCACCCAGCGCUGCUCUGUCCCGCGGAUUCCAUCCCGGACUAGUGCUUAUAAAACAAGAGAAAGGGGGGGGAAAGGAGUGACACCCAAAAAGGACGUCAGAAAGAGAAUUCUGUAAGAGAAUUACUGUUUCCUUACUGUUUUCAAGGGCUGCUGUGAAAAACGCCUCGCCCCCAUAAUAAAUUGCAAUUUUAUACUGCUCACUGUAAUUUUUGUACGCUGUGAUGAUUUUGAGACCUCUGAAUCACCGUGUUGUAACUGCUGUAGAGUCUUCAAUGCUACCAACAUGAUGCCAUUUAGGGUUUGGAAUGAAAUGAGUAGUGAAUACAUUUGUUUACUUCCAACUUGAUUUCCCAACUCUAAUAAAGGAUUUUUCCAUCUCAUUAAAUUUGUGUAGUAGAUGGUACUUCUCGGCCUGUUGUGAGCUUCCGUUCUGAAAUCCCCCCAGUGUUUGGGGUAAUAGUGUUUUAAUACAUGGAUACAAAUCUAUUGGCACGAAGGACCAUUUUCUACAUAAUGUUACAUGGAUAUGCGACUAAAAACAGUUUAGUGCAAAUGAGGGGGCGGGGGAAGGAAUGGUUUCCUAAUAAGUUGAUACAUGAUUCAAACAUAACAAAUGUUAAUGAUUCUUUAGAGUCACCCUAUGAUUUGGGUUAUUGGGGGCUGAGUUAUAUAAUUAAAGAGAACUUGAACAAGCAAAGGUUCUUAGUCCUCUCUCAUAAAUAGUAUGUAAACGUCUUACCUUCUUCACAGUCAAAUAUGUGUGGUGCCUAAAGUGACCCAACUAUCGUUUUUGUUUUAAAACUUCAGUGACGAACCUGACAUUUCUGUUUAGAUGCUAAUAUAAUGCAAGUUCCUGUUAGCCUUUAGGACAAUUUUCUAGGAUACCGUUGUGUUAGAUAUUAAUAUACAUGCAGUCCCAGGGAUCAGACAAGCGAGACUGGAAAAGCAUCUAUGUUUUUCCAAAAUGUGGGCUGUACAGAGAAGAAAAUUCACAUUUUACUGUUUUGAAUUGAAAUGCCGUGUGAUCAGUAGGUGGCGCCAGAGAGUAGUCUCAAGUUUCCCGUACUUCAAAGACCUGAGGCUUCCCUGGGGCUCAGAUGGUAAAGAAUCCACCUGCAAUGCAGGAGACCCAGGUUCCAUCCCUGGAUGGGGAAGAUCUCCUGGAGAAGGGAGUGGCUACCCACGCCAGUAUUCUUGCUUGGAGAAUUUCAUAGACAAAGGAGCCUCGAGGGCUACAUAGUUGAUGGGAUCGCAAAGAGUGGGACACAACUGAGCAAAUAACACUUUUCACUUUCAAAGACCUGAAUUAGGGUCUUCGUCUCUGAUUUCCAGCUUCUAGCAUUAUCUUCAGCUCAGGAUGGGCUCUUAACACACUCUAAAUGAAUGAAACAUGCUCUCACAGAGCAUCAGCAAAGAUUGGUCAGGAGGGGAGGUUACACUUGUGAGAGAAGCAUGUUUAAAAUGAGAGAACACUUUAGAUACAUUUUUACCAGAGUCAUCAACACUUUAAUGUCCGUAACACAUGAACUUAUUAAAAUUCUCAUGCAUAUCAACUCACUUUUACAUAAAGAUACUAUCCCCCCUUUUUUGUAAUAGCAAACCGAGAAACGAUGCAAAAUGGAGAUGCCGGAAACCUUGAGAGUUGCCUGUUAGAAACAGAAAGCCAGCUUUCCAUAGACACAGAGUUCAAGCUGCGUUUUGUCUUCUGUUUUUGGUCCCUUCCAUUUGAACACCGUUUUGAUAAUUCACAUAUCUUCUUUGCCAGAAUUUAUUUUCAGCUAUGGUAAUAUGGUAUUUAUUUAUCAGCUAUGGUAAUAAUGCAUCAUUAACUGUGGUUUGGUAAGAAAUCAAAAAACUUGCAGUUUACUCUGUUAGUAUUUUAGUUAUUUUAUCACUUUAGGAUUAUUGCUUGCCGCUCUUUGAGAAAAUAUUCAGCCACUAAAUUCUAGCUGGGAAACUGUCAUGAACCUAUGUUCUAUAUGUUUCUUUUUUCCCAGUGUGCCCCUUGCUUCAACUUUUAAAUGAUAGUUUCCUGCUUAUGAAUGUUAUGUAGUCAAGAUAGAAAAUAUGGGAACCAUGUUACAACUCUUCCUCCAACAUACGAAUGGGUUAUGUCCUGAUAAAGCCAUCAUUAGGUUGAAAAUAUUACUAAGUCGAAAAUAUCGUUAAGUCAAAAAUGCAUUUAAUGCAGCUAAUCUACUACUAAACAUAGCUUAGCUUCACCCACCUUAAACAUGCUCAGACCAUUUAGUUUAGCCGACCGCUGGGCUAGUACAAAGCCCAACAAAGCCCAUUUUGUGGCAGGAUAUGGAAUAUCUCAUGUAAUGUAUUGACUGCAGAAAGUGGCGGUCAUGGAUUGUAGGGGUACGGAAUGGCUGGGAAUGGCUGUAGGUGUAUCACUGGUUCAUCUUUGGGCUCCCACGGCGGAAUCACUGCCGCUGCCCAGCCUCGGGAGAGACAAUCAGACUGCAGAGUGCUAGCCCAGGAAAAGAUCGAAAUUCAAAGUACAGUUCCAUUGAAUGCGUAUUGCUUUUGUACCAUCGAAAAGUUAAAAAAUUGUAAGUUGAGCCAUCGUAUAAAUUUGGGGCCAUCUGCAUAUAUAUUAAGAAAAAUUCAAAGACACUGAUAGUUUUACUACCCAGAUGUAAAAAUUGUGACCAUCUUGAUGUACCUUCUUCUAAUCAUUAUUCUCUGUGCUUGCGUAUGUUUUCUACCCCAGUUACAGAGCUGGGGUUGAAUUGAGCACACUGUUUUCUUUUUAUAUACUAUAUUUGUCUUUAUACCAUUACAUCUCCAGAGAGCUGCAGCUCUCCAUUUAUACAUGUAAAGCACAUACACCUACAAGCAUAUACACACACAUGCAUAUUUGGAUUUUUUUUUUAACAAACUACAACAGGAAAACUUGUUCUUCCUGAUAAACUAUAUAUAGAGCUGGACAAAAACCAAGACAAUAAUCUCCAGCCUAUUCUUACCCCACCCAAGCUAAGUAAGGUCUCUGUGUUCAUACCAACUCAAAAGAUAACCUAGAAAAGGUUUGUCCUUAUUUUUGUAGUCUUGCACUAUAUACAUUUCUCUCUGAUGUGAAAAAUGAAAGUGUUAGUCGUUCAGUCGUAUCCGACCCUUUGCGAGCCCAUGGACUGUAGCCCACUGGGCUCCUCUGUCCAUGGAAUUCUCCAGGCAAGAAUACUGAAGGGGGUAGCCAUUCCCUUCUCCGGGGGAUCUUCCCCACCCAGGGAUCGAACCCAGAACUCCAGAUUCUUUACCGUCUGGGCCACCAGUAGAGGUUUUUCCUUGUUUUUGUAGUAUCACACUACGUCCAUUUCUCUCUGCCUUGCUCUUAUUGCUCCACACACAGUACUAUGUGUCAGUACAGCAACGCCUAACUUUUUUUAAGCAAAAGGUAGAGUAUGAAUUACCGUGUUAGAAGCACCCACCUCCAUAUUCGUGGAUAUUUUGGUGGUUUGGGCGUUUGUUUGCCAUUACAAACUGCCACAGUAAAUGUCUUACAUAGUUCCUCGUAUUCAUUUGUGCUUUAUUUGCUUUCUGUAGGUUAGAUUUCUCAAAGUGAGUUUCAGUGAGUUUCUGCAGUUUGCACUUGUGUAGACUCAGAUGACUUUUUCAAAAUGAUGGUCUCACUGGGGCAUGAGCCCCAGCUAUCGCCAAUCUCGGGUGUUACUGAUCUUUUGAGGUCUAGUCAAUCUGAUGUGUGAAAAUGGUAAUCCGGACUCUGCAUUCCCUGAGCUCCUGCUUUGAUCUGCAUCUCCCUGACGCCUCUGCGUAGACUUCUGAUUAUUUGCACUUUUCUUAUCUAUGAACUUUAAACUCAUACUCUCAUUUUUCUCCGUGGGUUGUUGGGCACAUGGGACAUGAACCCCAUGUUUGUCACAUGGAUACCUUCUUCAUUGUACAUUCCUAUGAAACUUGCCAAUUUUUUUCUGUAAUUAAUGGUCUAUUUGGAUUUUAUAUCUCAACCUGAUAUAUUUUGGUACUACAGACUUGGCAAAAGGAAAAAAAAAAACCAUUCAUUUCACUCUAAAUUUUCAAAUCUGUAGUAUGUAAUUCCACUUAGUCUCUUAAAAUUAUUUCGAAUCUUCAGUAUUUUUUUGGUCUAACAGCUUUCUGAUUACCUUUUUUUGUUUGUUUGGGGUUUUGUGAAAGGUUUUGGGGGUUUUUUGUUUGACUUUUGGUUUGGUUUUGUUGUCGUUGUUGGGUUUGGGUUUUUUGGGUUUUGUUUUGCUUUGUUUUUUGGUAUUUUCAAUUUUCUCCUUAGGUAGUCUGCCAAGAGUUUGUCUUGUUGUUUAUGUAAAAGUAACGCUUUUGCUUUUAUUUAUUCUUUCUCUGCUUCUCCUCCAUUUUAUUCACUUCAGCAUUUAUCUUCAUUUCAGUGUUGUCUUUAUUAAUUCGUUCCCCUGUUUUUCUUUCAGUUUUUUUAUUAGUCUAGUUUCCUGUAUUAAGUUCACUUAUUUUCAGCCUUUAAUGGUAAAAGCAUUUAAACCUAUGUAUUUUCCAGUAUGACUUAAAGAUCUUUUCUUUUUUUUCUUCAAAAAAAAGAUCAUUUUUUUCGAAGUUUCAAAAUCAUGACUGUCAUACAAAUAUAAAAUGAACAGGCAUUAGCAAUUUCAUUUAAUUCAGUAAGUAAUGAAGGAAUCAGUAAGAUGUUACAACAGGUUACAAGGAGAAUUCAAUGAAUGAACACUUAAACAGGCAGUCAGGAAUACUGAAGUGAGUUCACAGACAGAUGCAAAAUUGGUUAGUGUCUACAGGGCAACCCUCAGUUGCAUUCCACCCACAAAAUCUGUGUGCAUUCUUACAUGUUUUUUGCAUUAUCGUAUGUUUCUAUAACUCACAAAGUUGUAAAAUAUCUCAAAAACACUGACAGGCAUUGACCCCUGUAGAAUUAGGGGACCCAGGGCUGGGAUCUCACAGACCAGCCAGUAAUCUUUUUUGCCUGUUUCCAAGUCUUUCAGAAAUUUUCUUGACAUCCAUAUCUCUACAGAUUUUUAUAUGAAGUGUCUUUUCAAAAAUUUCUAGAUUCUUUGUUAUUCCAGUUUUAGGAUUGGUUGGUUGGUUUGGUGGCUCAGAGGGAUAAAAUCCAAGAGGUUUAUUUCUUAUUUUUUUAAGUAAGUACAAUUUGUGAAACUACAUUUUGGUUUUUGAUAUUAAUGUUUUGAUCUGAGAAUAUGACCUGUAAAAUAUGUGCUUUUGGUAAUUUAUUAGUUUUCUUUAUGGCCAUGCAAUGACCAAUUUUUGUAAAUGUAUGAUGGAGAUCUAUGAAUUAAGCAUGUUGAUUUUGUUAUUCAGAUUUUCUGAAUCCCUCUUAGUUUUUGUCUAUUUGGUAAAUUUUGAAAUAAGUAUUUUAAACCUUUCACUAUCAUUGUGUUUUUUAUCAAGCUUUUCUUGUAUUACUGUUUCAUUUUAUUAUAUUUUGUCACACGUUGUUUGAUGCAUAUAAUUUUGUGGCUGUGAUGUGUUCUUUGUCAAUGUCACAAUUUAUCCUUUAUGCCUGAUCUUUCCAUUUAAAAGCUUUUGGCCUUAAAUUAUACUUUAUUUUGUGACAAUAUUCUAAGACUUAUUUUAUAUUUUAUUAUAUUUUCUUAGUUUAUCUUUGCCCACUCUGUGGUUUAAUAUAUUUCUUUAAUAGCAUCUCUUUGUCUUUGGUUGGAGAAUUCAAACUGUUUUGCAUUUAUCAUAGUAACAUAUACUUAGUAUUACUCAUUUCUGUCUUAUUUAAUAUUUACAACUUAUUAAACUUUGUGAUUUUCUUCUUUUCCCUUUCCAGCUUUUCACUUUGUUCUCAAUGGUUCUUAAAUAUGUCUCCAUUCUGCUAAUAGUUACUUUCUAAACUUUAGUGAUUGUUCUUAAAUUGCUUCCUCUACUGUUAUAUCAAAUAGAAAUGUUAACCAGGCGCCAGCCUUUCAUUACGUCCUCCUAAGAGGAGGCUGUGGGACCACAUCUCUUUCUACAACCCCCUCCCCAAAUCCUGAGUUUUGCUGAGAUAGCUUCUAGAUCAUUUACUUCCAGACUUUUGUUAAAUUUUACCCUACAGAAUGUCUCUUAUGUUAUAAUUCCCAAAUUGCCAUCAUCCACUGAGAUAUAAUCAAAGUCACAACAUUCAUUAUUCAUCUUAGUGUCUUAUACUCUUUUUCCUGUAUUUCAUAUCUUUACUCUGAUUUUUAUCCUUAUUCCAUUAAUCUCUUGAGUAUAUUCCUCAGAAAGGUCACAUAGGUUCUUUUGUCCUGGCAGAGGAAUAAUACCUUUGGACAGAGGGUUCUUUUAAGUCAUCUUUAAAAUCUGUUCUCAUGGAGAAGAAAAGUUUGAUACUGAUCUGAUCCAGUGACUGGCAAAACAGAUAGAAUGGCAGUGUUGCCAGGGAGAAAAAGUUGGGAAGUCUCUCAUCUCAGCCAAUCAGAUCGAAAGAACCGGUCUCUGAAACUUGCAGAUCCGAAACUUGAUCAUUUCAUCCUACUACUCAGCAACAAAAUUAUAGUUCUAUAAAUUGAAACACAUUUUUUUAUUCCCUUUGACCAUAGGGCUCCAAGCUUUAAAUACUUCUUUACAUCAAAUUAUCAUUAGAAACAACUUUUUAUUGUUAUGUUGUAAACAUGUUUUGAUAAUUAAAAUUUUAAAAAUUUACUGAGAGAUAGGACUAGUUUUUAAUCAGCUUAUAUAUCUGUGAUGAACAGUACUUAAAAGUUUGUAUCAGAUGUUAGAAUGAGGGACAGAUCAUUUGCAGUUAUAUUCUCAGUUUUCUUUUUUAUUGAUAUAAACCCUGAGAAGUCUCAGUCACAUAAGUAAGGAUGUGGACAUAGAAAGUGUAUUGUUUCAGCAGUGCUUCUCAAUUAUUUGAAUUCCUUCUGAGUUAAAUGCCAGAUCAUACAAUGAUCAAUCAUAAUUAAUUGGGUCAAUUUUGUUAAAAGCAAAGAACUGAAAACCACCUGAGAUUUCCUUCCCAGUCAUGGAGCACUUACUUUCUCAACCUCAGCACCAUAAGUCACCUCCUGGGUGUUUUCUUAGAUGAUCAGUUUUUGGGGAAAGUACACAUAAAAGUGGAGGAUCUGAGAACUGGUUUCCUCAAUCAUGUCCGUAAACCUCUUGAGAAAUCUUUCUAUAUUCCCCAAACACAAGAACCCCAGUUAAAGGCCCUUGCUAUGGAGCAGGGUUUAGCAAACUUCUGUAAGCCAGAGACAAUAGUGAAGGAGAGGGUAUAGUUGUGUUCCAAUAAAACUUUAUUUAUGGACAUUGACAGCUGAAUUUCAUGUAGUUUUCAAGCGCCACAAACUAUUCUUUUUCUCCAACCAUUUUUUAAAAAAUGUGAAAACCAUUCCUGGCUCGCAGACCGCAC